ACCCAAAAGGAUUUGGAGGAGUUAAUUCACCUGACGAAUCCACCACCAUAAUAUUAAGCACAUUUGAUCUCUCACUUCCUUGGUGCGAGUGUUUUGUUUUCCGAGAUCCAAAAUCUUCUCUUGGAUCCAAAGCUGUGUUACUGUGGAUCUCCUCCUCCUCUCUCCCUGGAUCUCGUACCUUUGAGGUUUGUCUCUCUGUGUUAAACUUGCGACUCAGAUUUCAUAGAGAUCGAUCCCACUUUUGCCUUUUCCUUUGUGAAAAUCUACAAUGUUCAAUUAUUCUCUGGCGCUCUUUGUUUGAUCUCGUUGAAUAUUGAUCUGAUUCCGGUAGGAAACCGAUUUUCAUGUUUGUGCAGCUGAGUGAGACUGCGAAUUAUGUAGAUUUCAUUGUUUGUUCAUCUAAUCUGGGGAGAUAGAUCGCAUUUUUUUUUUUUUUGAAUUUUGGUUGAUCCGAAGCUGUUUUAACUGAUUUUUCGUUUUUAUGUUAUUAUUUUGGUCGUAGUUGUAGUACAGUGAUGUGUAUUGCUGGAUCUGAGGAUUUAGAUUUGUCAAUGUUUUGCAUCUUUGGGUCUCUGAUUGGACAUUACCGAAUAUUCUUCUGAAAUUAUGAUGUUUUCUCAUAAACCACGGAUUCGAGAAUAGAGAUCAUGUAUUCAAUGUAUUGAAAUCCAAGCAGAGAGGUAUGGAUUAUCGCCGAUGAUACUGUUGAACUUCUUGUAUAGAACUUACUCUAGCACUGAUGAGGACACUAGUAAGGUGCUUAUAUUCAGUAAUUCGAACUUGAAAUCGCCAGAAAUAUUAAAAGUUUUGAUAUCUUGUUUUUACUUGUGAUCUAUACUUCAUUAUGUCUUUAAUCAAUUGUAACAAUUUUGCUCUAUUCAUCUUCUAUUUCUUAUAUUAACAAAGGAACACUUGUUCGUGAAUGGUUUUUCCUUUUCAUUUGAGCUCACAGAUUUUUUUCUCUUUCACUUUUUGUGCAGCACCGGAGAAGAUGGACAAAUCUAGUACCAUGCUUGUUCACUAUGACAAAGGGACUCCAGCAGUUGCUAAUGAGAUUAAAGAAGCUCUCGAAGGAAAUGAUGUUGAAGCUAAAGUUGAUGCCAUGAAGAAGGCAAUUAUGCUUUUGCUGAAUGGUGAAACCAUUCCUCAGCUUUUCAUAACCAUUAUAAGAUAUGUGCUACCUUCUGAGGACCACACAAUCCAAAAGCUUCUGUUGCUGUACCUGGAGCUGAUUGAAAAGACUGAUUCUAAGGGGAAGGUGUUACCUGAAAUGAUUUUGAUAUGCCAGAAUCUUCGUAAUAACCUUCAGCAUCCUAAUGAGUACAUCCGUGGAGUGACACUGAGGUUUCUCUGCCGGAUGAAGGAGACUGAAAUUGUGGAGCCUUUAACUCCAUCAGUGUUACAAAAUCUGGAGCAUCGCCAUCCAUUUGUUCGCAGGAAUGCCAUUCUGGCCAUCAUGUCGAUAUAUAAGCUUCCACAAGGCGACCAACUCUUUGUGGAUGCGCCUGAAAUGAUCGAGAAAGUUCUAUCAACCGAACAAGAUCCUUCUGCCAAGAGAAAUGCAUUUCUAAUGCUCUUUACCUGUGCUGAAGAACGUGCAGUGAAUUAUCUUCUGAGCAAUGUUGACAAGGUUUCAGACUGGAAUGAAUCACUUCAGAUGGUGGUGCUGGAGUUGAUUCGAAGUGUGUGUAAGACUAAACCAGCAGAGAAGGGGAAAUAUAUUAAGAUUAUUAUUUCUCUGUUAAGUGCUACUUCUUCUGCAGUUAUCUAUGAAUGUGCUGGGACACUUGUUUCUCUCUCAUCUGCCCCUACUGCGAUUCGGGCUGCUGCCAACACCUACUGCCAACUUCUUCUUUCUCAGAGUGACAACAAUGUGAAGCUUAUUUUACUCGAUCGGUUGUAUGAGCUUAAGACAUUGCACAGAGAUAUCAUGGUUGAGUUGAUAAUAGAUGUGCUCAGAGCACUCUCAAGCCCAAACCUUGAUAUCCGCAGGAAGACGCUUGACAUUUCCCUUGACUUGAUUACCCAUCAUAAUAUCAAUGAGGUCGUUCAAAUGUUGAAGAAAGAAGUUGUGAAGACACAGAGUGGAGAACUUGAGAAGAAUGGGGAGUACAGACAAAUGCUUAUUCAAGCCAUCCACGCUUGUGCAGUGAAGUUCCCCGAAGUUGCAAGCACAGUGGUCCACCUUCUGAUGGACUUCUUGGGAGAUAGCAAUGUGGCUUCAGCUCUUGACGUGGUUGUUUUUGUUAGAGAGAUAAUAGAAACAAAUCCCAAGUUAAGAGUUUCAAUCAUCACAAGGUUAUUGGACACGUUCUAUCAGAUCCGAGCAGGAAAGGUCUGCCCUUGUGCCCUUUGGAUAAUUGGGGAGUAUUGCCUAUCACUUUCGGAAGUUGAGAGUGGCAUUUCAACUAUCACGCAAUGCCUUGGCGAAUUACCAUUUUACUCUGUUUCUGAGGAGUCUGAGCCAACUGAGACAUCAAAGAAGAUUCAGCCUACCUCUUCUGCCAUGGUGUCCUCUAGAAAGCCAGUGAUUCUUGCUGAUGGAACUUAUGCUACCCAAAGCGCAGCCUCUGAAACCACAUUCUCCUCACCUACAGUUGUUCAAGGAUCACUGACUUCUGGAAAUUUGAGAGCACUGCUACUAACUGGUGAUUUUUUCCUCGGAGCAGUGGUUGCUUGCACGUUGACCAAACUUGUUCUUAGGUUAGAAGAGGUUCAGUCUUCUAAAACUGAAGUAAAUAAGACAGUCACACAGGCUUUGUUGAUCAUGGUUUCUAUGUUGCAACUUGGGCAAUCUCCUGUUUCUCCACACCCUAUUGAUAAUGAUUCGUAUGAGAGGAUUGUGUUGUGCAUAAAAUUGCUUUGCCAUAGGAAUGAUGAGAUGAAAAAGAUAUGGUUAGAAUCCUGCCGCCAGAGUUUUGUCAAGAUGAUUUCUGAAAAACAGCUUAGAGAGAUGGAGGAACUGAAGGCGAAGACCCAAACAACGCAUGCUCAACCUGAUGAUCUAAUUGACUUCUUCCAUCUAAAGAGUCGGAAGGGAAUGAGUCAACUUGAGUUGGAAGACCAAGUACAAGAUGACCUAAAGCGUGCAACUGGAGAAUUCACCAAGGACGAGAACGAUGCUAACAAACUUAACCGCAUUCUUCAACUCACAGGAUUCAGUGACCCAGUCUAUGCUGAAGCAUAUGUGACGGUACACCAUUAUGAUAUUGCUCUUGAAGUUACAGUAAUCAACCGAACCAAGGAAACCCUUCAGAACUUGUGCUUGGAGUUAGCAACCAUGGGUGAUCUCAAACUUGUUGAGCGUCCUCAGAACUACAGUCUGGCACCUGAAAGAAGCAUGCAGAUUAAAGCAAACAUCAAGGUGUCGUCCACAGAGACGGGAGUCAUAUUCGGGAACAUCGUCUAUGAGACAUCAAAUGUAAUGGAGCGAAACGUCGUUGUUCUUAAUGACAUACACAUUGAUAUCAUGGACUAUAUCUCCCCUGCUGUGUGUUCAGAGGUUGCUUUCAGAACUAUGUGGGCAGAGUUCGAAUGGGAAAACAAGGUUGCUGUGAACACCACAAUACAAAACGAAAGAGAAUUCCUCGACCACAUUAUCAAAUCUACAAACAUGAAAUGUCUCACUGCUCCAUCCGCAAUAGAAGGCGAAUGUGGAUUCCUUGCAGCAAACUUAUACGCAAAAAGUGUAUUUGGUGAGGAUGCUCUUGUGAAUGUGAGUAUUGAGAAGCAAACGGAUGGAGCAUUGAGUGGUUACAUAAGGAUAAGGAGCAAGACGCAAGGGAUUGCCCUAAGUCUUGGGGACAAAAUCACCCUCAAACAAAAGGGUAGUAGCUGAGUACCAUACCGAUGAUUUCUCACAGUGGCGUGCAAAGGUAACAGGUUUAGACUACGUACGUUUCUCUUGAGCAAUUAUCGUUGGUUGAAUCUGCUUAUUAUAUGGAGGGAGGAGGCGUUCAAGGGUAUAUGUAAAAAGAGUAAUUGGCUAUCGUUCUUACUUAACCGGUAUAUUUUCUGGUAUGGUACCGAUGGAUUUCUUCAUCUCAUAUGGCAGUGUGUUUUUUACUGUACUAGACGAUUUUGUUUUAUUUGUAAUGCUUUUUCUUCUAUAAUGUCGUUUGUUGAGGACUUUAAACCGUGAACUUUAUGAUAUUGUAGAUUUCAAAGCUACAUUUGGUUUGCUCCAUUUUAGAACUCGUCAUUUCAGAUUUGAUCUCUAUUCUUUUCUUUCAUAUGCAUUUGAAGUGAACUAUUCAAUUGUC